ACGCGUAAGAGAAGUGAACUGAGGGGGCCGGGCGGCCGCUGAGGAGGGGAGUGCGCGGCAGCAGGGGCCAGGAGCGCGGAGGCGGGCGCGGCUGCCAGCUUAGAGGGCCUGGGCGGGGGCCUGAGAGCAGGGCUGGAGGGGCGGAGGGCGGAGGAGGCCCGCCAGCGUUCCCGGCCGGCUCCGAGCAGGCGCCGUGGCAGCGUCCGCGCCUCCUGCCCGCCCUCCGCCGUCGCCAGGACGCAGGCCCGCGUCGGGGAAGGCAGUAGGGCCCGCAGCCGUCUGCCUGGCGUCUCCACCCCGCUCAGUCUGCCUUGUCGCGCCUUCCCGCGUCGGACCGGCCGGGCCCUGCCCCUGGCGGAGAAUCUUGGGACUGUUUUACUUAAUUGGUCAUUGAUAUCUUAACAAACAUGGAGAUAAGAUUAGAAAUUUUGACAUCAACAAGUAUUAAGCAGAAAAAACCAUGGCCACGUGUCUCCUGGUUGGGAAAGGAAAAAGAAGCUGUUUUUCUUUUGGAUGAUAAAUUCAUAAAUGAAAUUAAUUUGCUAUCAGGAAAGAUAAAGAAGAAAAUUCCUAGUCUGCAGCCUUUCUUGAAGAAUGUUCUUGUCCUAACAACAUCCAGUAAUGAUGCCUGGCUGGCUGGGGUACUAACUACAGGAGAGCUUUUCCUUUGGAACAAAGAUCAAGAUUGUUUGAAAACUAUACCAAUAACUGAAAAGCCUAAGGAAAUGAUCAAAGCUACAGUCGCAAGCUCUUUGAGACCUUAUUUGUAUGUAUCUGGAAAUGGGAAAAGAAUUCUGCUCAUAACACCUUCUGGAUGCAUAUUUCUUUGGGAAUAUUUGGAAUUAAAGAGUAUCUUAUCUUCUAAGAGUCUUUCAUUGGUGGGUCGGUGGUCCCAGGUCAUACCUGAAGAAGUAGUUCCCUUGCCUUCCAUUGAAGAUAAAGAAGCUGUAGUGAAUGCUGUUUUUAUAAAAAAUGAGUUAUUUGGAGACUGCUGCCUGUGUUCAUUUGCUUUUUAUUCUGGGGAAUGCCUGAAGUUAACAUUUCUAGCAAUUCGGUGGCAUGAGAAUGUAUUUACAUCUAUAAGAUCAUUGCCAUACCAUGUUCAUUGGGCUCAACAAGACUGUCAUCUCUGCAGUCUAAUUCCUAAAUGUGAAUCAGUAAAGUCAAGAGGAGCUCUAAUUUCUGCCUUUUCAAGAGAUGGCCUUACCCUGGCAGUAACUCUUAAUCAGAAAGACCCCAAGGCAACUCAGGUAUUAUUUAUAAACACACUGAAUUUUGUUACUCUCUGUGGUAGUCUUAAAGGAUGUAGUAGCAAGAGUCGCGUGGUUCCAGCUGCACUUAUUAGGUCCUACUGGGUAGGUGAUAUCAGCUGGACGCAUGAUAGUCUUUUUCUGGCUUGUAUGUUAAAACGUGGCUCUCUGGUUUUAUUGACCUGCCAAGGUGAAUUGCUAACAUUAAUUACAUUUGGUUGCUCUAUAGAAUUUGGGCCAGCAGAAUUUAUUCCUCUUCAUCCACUAAUAACAUAUAGACCACAGCAGUUUACGUUUCAAGAUUCAAAUAAUUCUGUUGAUUCAUCAGCUUCUGACAGUGACCCUAUGAGACAGAGAUUUUCUAUAAAAGCACACUCACGGUUACCCUACCUCGUUAUAUCUGAUGGAUAUAUGGUCACAACCCUUCGAUUUCUUGAUAGCCUGUCUCCGUCAGUGCACAUGAGAUCACUUCUACUUGAUUCAACCCAAAGGCUUGAGAAAAUAUAUCAAAGUGUGCUCUUGUCUAAGCCAGAAGGCAAAGGACUGAACUUGCGAUCACUGAAUUCCCUAAGGUCUAGCCUGUUAAAACACCAAGGAAAUGAAAGUUCAGCCGAUUUCACUGUCCCCAAAUUCUUGCAGGCAGAAGAAACAAUAAAUUUAAAUGAAAAUACAGCAGAUUUUCAGGAUUUUGAAGCAGAAGAAACUAACAAAGACAGACACUUUCCAGACAACUUAUUUCCUUUUUGGAACAAAAGAGAUGAUGUGCUGUGUAGUACUAUGAAGGAAGGAAGAUUGGAAUUUGCAUCUAUGUUUGAUACGAUACAUACAAAGGAUGCUAGUGAGGAGACAGACAGAACCAUUACAGAACUGCAUUCUAUCCAGAAAAGUCUACUUGCUGCGUGGACUAUAGGAAUUUCAAAAACUGUGACAGAAAAAAAUUUAAUGUUAAAUUACAUAGUAGUUUGUAUCACUCAUUUUUUUUACAUUCUUCAAUUUAUAAAAUGUCCUUUUCCCAAACUAGAUCUUUUUUUAAGCAAAAGCGCAAGACAUAAUGCAUGGAUACUUUGUAUCUUUCAACUUUUUCAUCAGUGUUUAUCAAUCCAUUAUUGGGAUAUAAGAUACAAACAAGAUGUGGGGCAUUUGAUAAAGCUGACCUCAAAUACUAUAAAACUUUUGCUGACUCAGCAACAAAAGGGUCAGUUAUUCUCAGAGAAACUGUUAGCCUGUUUUUAUUUACUCAGAAUGGUAGCUGACAAUUUAAAUGGUGUAUACAGUCUUCAGCCUGAAGUUAUUUCAGCAUCAGCUGAUGGAAGUAAAAUAACAGCUCAAGAUUCAUUGGUGGUACCUAUUUUUCAAAUGUUUCGAGAUGAUGGUUCUCAGGAAAACUGGUCUUGGAACUCAUUUUUCAAGAUUCAUCCUCAAGUAGUAUAUCCGGUGCAGCAGCCAGGACACAGAUUGCGUGUUCUCUGGAGAAUACUGUACAAAAAAACUUUAUGGUAUCAAGCACAAUUAAAUCGAAGAGUUCCUGAAGCUGAUAGUCAGUUAACUGAAAAGAUGACACAUGAAGCAUCUACUGUCAAGUCCCUGUUAUGUCAUUUGCAGGCUAACCUACAGAGUACUGGAGAUUGCUUGAAUCAAACCUUAGAACUUAAAUCUAUCAAUGGGGAAGAGUGUUUCUUAUUAGGAUCAUAUGAAAAGUCUGUUCAGCUGUGGAAAAAAACUCUACAAGAAAUCGGAGAGAAAGGAGGAGGAAGGACAUAUUUUCUUCAGAUACGCUAUUAUCUUUCUCUUUUAUACUGCCACCUCUAUAGCUAUAAUUUAAAUGAUGCUCAAGGAUUGUGUGAUCAGCUAGCAAGAGAAAUCCUGAGAUGGUCCCAACUACCUGUAAAAGAAAAUAAAGAUUUUUCAGGUGCUGCGAAGUCUCAUUUUGAGUGUGAAAUGGCGGGUGGUGUUCAUCCUGAGGCAGCAGUGAGAGUCGUCCAGUCCAUGGCUCGUUUCAUGGCUGCCUAUUUCACCAAUCAGCAGCUUUGCAUUUUGCCACCUCAUCAUGUGAAUGUUCUUCCCCCACUUCAUAUUAAAACAGAGCAGUCCUUUCGACUUAUUCCUCUGCAACACUCUAAGGUGGCCAGCGUCGUUAGAGAUCAGAAUCUCUCUAAUGUGUGGACAGUUGAAUAUGCACUUGAAUUACUAUUUAUUGGUGGCCUCGUUCCAGAGGCUGUGUGGUUGGCAUAUAAACUUGGAGACUGGAAGACGUCUGUUUCAAUUGGUGUGGCUUUCCAGCUGUUCUGUAAACGUGAUAGCAAUUUCAUGAGGUCCAAGAAAAAGAGUCUGAAUCUACCACUACAUAUGACUCCAGCACAGAUUUUUCAGGAAAAACUGCGGUGUUUUUUAGGUCAACCAGCCUCUUUGGAAGCAAAAAAUGAAAUGGACUCAAAAUAUAAACAGUUUACAGAUCCCAUUGAAGAGGAAGAUGCAAAUCUGCUAUUUGGUUCAGUACAAGAAGUACUGAAAGCAUCAGUUAUGGCUGAUGCAGAUAUUCUUUCGGAGACAUUUCAACUUCUGAUAGACUCUGCCAAGGACUUCAGUAAAAGACUGUGGGGCUUAGUGCCAUUUGGCUUGUAUCUUCCAGCUCCUCCAUUGUACUGUCCCCAGCCAGCUAUUCUUAGUGAAGAAGAUGGUGAUGAUCUUCUUUUAAAAGCUGAAAAAAAUAAUCGCCAGAAGGUAUCUGGAAUCCUUCAGCGUGUUCUCCUGCUUUUCCGGGCGGCUCGGUGUUCUUUUCCUGUGGCACAGUGGUAUAUCUUGCAGUUGAGGUGGGCAAGAAAAGUCAUGCAGAAGAUUCGAAUGAAAGGAUCCCUUCCUUCACUGAGUCCUUUUCCUCAGUCAUUACUUAAUUACUGUAAAGGAGGUAUUGUAUGCUUUAGACCUGGAGCAGCUGGAGACCAUAAACUUGAUGAAGUUUCCAUUAGAGCAAUAGGUUGCUUCAGAGAACUUUGUGCUCUGUGUUGGAUGCUGCAUGUCCGUGAUAAGUUAUCCCUUAGUUGCAGGCAAUAUCAGAAAGCAAGAGAAAAUGUAAAGGGAGAAAAGGACCUUGAAGUGGAGUUUGAUUCUUGUAUGAUUGAGCACUGUCUUAGUGCGGUGGAAUGGGCUUAUAGAAUGCUGCCUUUCUCUCGGUUCUUUAAUAUGGAAGAACUUAUUCAGGAUAUAAUUUUGAGCCUUAUUGGAGAACUGCCACCAAUCAGAAAGGUAGCAGAAAUUUUCGUGAAAGCAUUUCCCUAUCCUGAGGAUGUGAGGGUUCCUUUAAGAGACAAAUAUCACUCUCUUCACCAGAGACUCAGACACUGUGUUGUGAAAGGUCCCCAGACUGAAGAAAUGAUGUCUGUUGUCAUGCAUUCUAUCCAGAAAGUGAGGGUGAAAGCUCUAAAACGUGUACAGAGAAAUAUAGGCUCUUUUGAAUUGAAUAUAUGGGAACCAAUUGAAGAAGAGAAACCAGAUGAGGUGCCAGGUUUUGACAGAUUUUCCCUGGGGACUAGUUUGAGCAGAAGUACACUCACAGAACUGGGGAAUUCUGUGGUUCACAGUGAUGCAGAUACGGCAGAUACAUUCUCUGAAGCUUUGUCGGUUGAAGAAAAAAGUAGGAUAAAUAUCUGUCAAAGAAAUGCCCCAAAUCACAUGGAAUUAACAUCGAUUGGUAAGCCCACUGAUAAAAAGAAAAUGUGUAAUCAGAAAGAAAAUCCUACAAAGAAAGAAGAUCAUGAAAAGUUAUCACAAAAUACACUUCCUGUAAUAGGUGUUUGGGAAUUUGAACGUGAUGAUGAUGAAUAUAUUAAAUUCCUUGAUCUCUUUUUGAGUUACAUUCUUGAAAGAGACCUACCUUAUUCCAGGGAUGCUGGAAUUCCAUUUCUAACCAGUUUUUCUGGAACGCUUAGAGAACAUGAACUUAAUUCUUUACUUUUUGAUGUACAUACAACAUUAAAACGACGUCAGAGCAAAACUAAAAGCCAGAAUGUGUUUAGAGCUGGUUCUUGCUUUGUUGUUGCUCCUGAGUCCUAUGAAUCAGAAAAAUCAUCCUCUUUAAAUGAUGAAGAUAGCAUGCAUUUAGAAAACCAGGAACUUUCAUCAUCGGUACGGGUUAAUCAAGGGAUCAAACCUUUUUUAGAAUAUCCUUUGAAUGAAGUCAAUAAGAAUGAACGAAUGAGUGGAUUAUUUGGUUUAAAACAAAAGUCAAUUUACAGAAUACAAGAUGACACUAGAGAAAAAUGUCUAAUCCAGAGAUCAUCAAACAACAUUUUUUGGACUCCCAAGUCCAUUAAAACUAGAAGAUGUGUUUUCAAAGCUAUUGAGUGCGAUGAUAUUAACCCUCAAGAAGAUCUUCCUUUAGCACUAAACACAUUUGGCAGUAUAGGAAGACUGCUGGAAUGGAUGAUAAGGUGGUCUAAUAGAAGACUACUCUGUGAUUCUGGUAUAACUGAGUCGUCCUCUGAGUACAGUCCAGUAAUUCGUGUAAAGACCUCUACAACUGCCAUUCUUACAUCAUUAUGGCUUUUGGAACAACCCUAUUUUGCUACAUAUAAGGCAAAAAAUGCCAUUAUUCAGGUGGUAGAGAAUCAUGACACUGGAUGUCAGAUUGUACCCAGUAUUGAGAGGGAGAGCAAAUCAGAUGCUGGCAGUUCAGUUGCAGUAGCAACUCCAGGUGGAACAGAGGAAAGAAAUGGUCAGAAUAAAUCUUGUCAAAAUAUCUUGAAUAGAAUGCCAACUGAAGCAAAAAAUCCUGAUAUAAAAGAAAUCAAUGUUGAGAUUAUUUCCGUCAUUCAUAAUACUAAAAAAGAAUUUAUAGAUAUUGAUGAGAAUCUUUUAGAAGUACAAGCAUUUACAGAAGAGAAAAUGGAUAUGCACAUAUCAGACUAUGAAGAAGACAUUGAAGAAUCUGUUGGAGGUUUCAGAAGUCCCAAUGUUGCCAUUUGCAAGAUGACUUUACCACAGCAGUUAGAAGAAGAGUUCACAGAAGAGGUUCAGUGUCAAAGGGAAGAACCCUUGGAGACAAAUAUGGAGGAAAAAUCUACUGAACAGAAAGGUAUGAUCGAAGCCUUUUCACAUCCUGAGCAUACCACUCCUCAAUCAACUCAAGUAGAUACAAGUUCGGACAUUUCUAGUGCACAGAUUUCUACAUAUAAAGACAAAUCUUCCUCAGUUCCACCUCUGAUAAUAUCAAAUGGAGUCAGUGUUGCUUCACAACCACCUGUUGCACCACCUCAGAAGACCCAGAGAAAUGAAUGCAGGGCUCAGUUACCAGAUUGUUCAGAGUCCGUUAGGCAGAUGCUCCAAGAUGAAAUGUUUAAAUUAGUUCAGCUGCAACAGAUCAACUUCAUGAGCCUAAUGCAAAUAGUAGGAUCAUCCUUUGCUAAUCUCCCAGAUAUACAACAACUUGUACAGCAGUCUCAGUCUGUGCAUUUAGGGGGAAGCCAAGAAUCAAAUCUAAGAGGAUGUGGUGAUGUUGAAGACAGCAACAAAAAUCUUACGGAGAGAUUUUUUGUUAAGCCACAGUCAAUGGGAGAGAACACCAGAGAGCCUCGCAAGAACAACCCACACUGCCAUGAAAGAACUAUCCCAUCUGGUCAAAAUAGUACUGGAAAUGUACAGAAUAUUCUACAUGGGAGCAUUCCUUUAUGUCAAUUAAAUGGCCAGCCCCAGAAAAGAGGACCAAUUCCAUCAUCUCAAAACUUACCAUCUACUUUGUUUUAUCCAGCUCCUGCUGGAAAUACUCACCUCUGCCUUUUGUCCACACCUUCUGUUGUUCAGAAGGCACCUAGACUUAUCCCACAUGCAAAAACAUUUAGUCCUGGUGAUGGCUUUCCUUUGCUUCAAUUUAAGCCUAAACAAGAAUUCAAGCCCCUUUUCUUACAUGCAGGAAGUAUUCCACAAGUUCCCUUCAGGCCUCUGCCACAACCAAGAGAGGCUUGGGGAUUAUCUGACUCCUUCCAACCUGCUCUGCCACAGAGAGUAGCACAAACUCCUCCAGCAUCCCAUUUGAAUGUAAGCCAGUAUAAUACUGAAGCCAAAAAAAAAGAAGUUGAGCAGAAGACAUGGGCAGAAACUGUAAUUACAGAAAUUCCUAAGCAUGUAAACUUGGAUCAAUAUGUUGGACAAGAAAAUCUGACCCCUCCAGAGGACUCUUCAGUGUUUAUAAAACCAGAAAAACUAUUUGAUGUUAAGCCAGGGCCCCUUGACAUAGCUCCUCACCAUUCCUUUGGACUUCCGUUACUAUACCUGCCACUUAAACCUCCUAAUACGUUUCCAUCAACCUCAAGAGCAUCUAUUACAGUUCCCUCAACACCUAUCCAACCUAUAGCAGAAGAAAGAAAAUACCCAAGAUUGUCAUUACUUCAUCCACGUUUGUCCCCAGAAAAUACGUGCAAAAAAACACAACUUAUCCCACUUGAAAACCUCAUUGCAUUUAAACAAAGCCAACAGAAACUAACACAUAAUUUAUUUGAACAAGGUGAUGCUGGACGCCUUCAACUUCUAAAGGUCAAAAUAGAACCACCUGAAGUAAGACAAAGAAAGGACAGUAAAAAAAGACAAAGGAGAAGAGCUGAGAAAGAGCUGCAAGAAAAAAAAUCUGAGAAAUUGAGGAGAAAACCAAAUGUGACUUUUCGACCAGAGAAUUCCAUAAUUAAUAAUGAUAAUUCAGAAAUCAUUAAGAAACACAAGGAACAAGAAGAACAUUGUGGUUCCCAUUCUUUGGAUGACUUCGACAUUCCUUUUGAAAUGCUACAAGAUGAUAAUACUUCAGCUGGAUUGCAUUUCAUGGCCUCUCUGAAAAAGAAAGCUAUAGGAAGUCAAGAUGCAAGUACAAAUACAGACCCAGAACAUGAGCCUUUGAAUGCUCCUCAGCUCUUGGUCCCAGAUGUAUAUCUAAAUCUGAAGCUUUCCACUGAAAUGUCAGAGAAACCUUUGUCACCCUCAACACCUCAUACAGUAGCAAACUUGGUUGGACAUACUUAUAUAAAUGUGAUUGACAUUGAAGCUGAUGAUCUUCUACAGGAAUUACCUGUGAGAGAAGAGCCUUCAAAUGAUAAUGUUAUCAAACAGCAAAGCGAUCAUCCAGCAGUUCCAUCAUCUGCAGAGUUACAUUAUAUGGCAGCUUCAGUUACUAAUGCUGUUCCCCCACAUAAUUUUAAGAGUCAAGAAGUAGCUCCAGCUUGUUUGGAUGGAAAAAGCUUGAGAGUAGGCAUUACAGAAGUGAAGGAGCCUAGUGUCACUUCACCUACACCAUCAGACAUACAGCAGAACGAAGAUCUGCCAAAACCAGAGUUCCAAUUCAAAGGACAGAGCACGAAGUCAGACUCUGCGGAAGAUUAUCUGUUGUGGAAACAGCUGCAAGGUGUCUCUGCAGCUCGCCCUGCACCAAGCUUUGCAGCUCACCGACUAGAGCAUCUUACUGCUAAGCUUCAGAAAAUUGACAAGCAGUUGCUAGCAAUACAGAACAUUGCUGAAAAGAUAGAGCAGGAUUUCCCCAAACCUGAAGUGCUAGAUCUACAUUGUGAUAAGAUUGGACCAGUGGAUCACAUUGAAUUCUCUUCUGGCCCUGAAUUCAAAAAAACAUUAGCCUCAAAAACCAUUAGCAUUUCUGAAGAAGUGCGUUUUUUGACACAUAUGGAUGAAGAAGAUCAAAGUGACAAAAAGGAGACUUCAGAACCUGAAUUUUCAAUAACGGAAAAUUAUUCUGGUCAGAAAACCCGUGUGUUUCCUACUGCCGAUUCAGCUGUCAGCCUUUCCAGUGAUCAGAAUACUACUUCUCCUGGUAUGAAUAGCAAUGAUGAAUUAUUUGAGAGUGCUUCAGUAGAUCCACUCCAGAUGACUGGAUUGACUGAUAUUGCAGACAUUAUUGAUGACCUUAUAACUAAAGAUGGAGUUUCCAGUGAAGAGCUGGGCUUAACAGAACAAGCUAAGCGCACCUUCAGAAUUCAGCAUUCUUCUGGCAGACAUUCACAAAGAACUGACAAGGAAAGAAGAGAGAUUCAAGCCUGGAUGAAAAGAAAACGAAAAGAAAGAAUGUCAAAGUACUUAAAUGAGCUGGCAGAAAAGAGAGGGCAAGAACAUGAUCCUUUCUGUCCCAGAAGCAAUCCACUUUACAUGACUUCAAGGGAAAUAAGGCUGAGACAAAAGAUGAAGCAUGAAAAAGACAGAUUGCUGCUCUCUGAACACUACAGUCGUCGAAUCUCACAAGCAUACGGUCUGAUGAAUGAACUAUUAUCUGAGUCAGUACAGCUACCAACUGUACCACAGAAACCAUUGCCUAACAAACCCAGCCCUACUCACUCUUCCAGAUGUCAACACUGUCCUUCUCCAAGAGGAGAGAAUCAACACGGUUACAGUUUUCUAAUAAAUCGACCUGGGAAAGUCAAAUAUAUGUCCAAACCAAGUUACAUCCAUAAGAGAAAGUCUUUUGGGCAACCUCAAGGCUCACCUUGGCCACAUGGAACUGCCACUUUCACCAUACAGAAAAAAGCUGGUGGAGCCAAAGCAUCAGUAAGAAAGGCUAUGCAGUCUCCAGUUACCUUCCGAAAAGGCUCUAAUGCUUCAUGUCAUAGUCAGCAGCAUACAAAAAAACAUGGAAGUGCUGGACUUGCACCUCAAACCAAGCAGGUGUGUGUGGAGUAUGAGAGAGAGGAGACUGUGGUGAGUCCCUGGACGAUACCUUCAGAAAUCCAUAAGAUUCUUCAUGACAGCCACAAUUCCCUUCUACAAGACUUGUCUCCAACUGAAGAGGAAGAGCCAGAGCAUCCUUUUGGGGUGGGCGGCAUGGACAGCGUGUCUGAGAGCACUGGCAGCAUCCUCAGCAAGCUGGACUGGAAUGCCAUUGAAGACAUGGUGGCCAGCGUGGAGGACCAGGGCCUGUCUGUCCACUGGGCCCUGGACCUGUAAGACCUGGAUAUCAUUCUGUUUCCAUACACAGGCCAGCACCUCAGUAAUGUGAUUCUGAAAGAUUAACAGGUUUAAGGGACAGAAGCAAUGAAAGAAGCAAUGUGAAUUUUCCAUCUGCUAUCAUAUUAUUAACUGGAUUAGCCAUUUCAAGAGGAAAAAUAAACAUUUCUCAAUAACUUUGCCUUCAUGGGGAAAAGGUUGACUAUUGAUGUAUUAUAUGUUUUUGUAUUUGCUGCAUCAUUAGGCAUAAUUUUUAAAAUGAUAAGUACCUUUCAAGCCAAGUUUGCAUAACCUACUUUCAAUAAAAACAUUCUAUCUUGCCUCCUCCUUUAUUACCCUCUGAGUUUUGAGAAACAACCAUAUAUAGAUUAAUAGGGAAAAAAAUUCUUUUCUUUGAGAAGAAAAUCACAGUCUCACCUGAGAACUCAAUUAUGAACCCUAUUUUAAAACACCUAUGCAGGGUUUAGCCAACUACAUUUUACCAACCGUGAAAAGAAAAGAAAAGAAAAACCAACUACAUUUUACCAACCGUGAAUUUCUAAAUAAGCCAAGUUUCAUGGAGGCCAGGAGAUCUUCUGUCUUCUGCCCUGCAGCCUGAAGCCUUGGAGGAAGAAACAGGCGUGGAUGCUUUGGGCGGGAAAGUAGGGGAAUAUGACUCCAGGCUCUAGAAGACUUAUCUUAAAUUUGUAAGAACCAUGGUACAGAGACCUGGUUAGGUUUUGGUAUUGAGCUCCAACAGUGUUAUAGUUUUAAGAGAUAAUUUUUAUGAGAAUUGACUCAGAACCAGGAUCCUUCAACUACUUCAUCAAUGUUUGGUAUAAUAUCAAAGCACACUAUUAUCUGAAAAAGCAAUUAAAUACCCCCUUUUUUCCAAAUAUCUACCUGUGUGAAGCCAGAUUUUACAACAUAUGCAGCAAGUUGAAUGCAGAAGCAGGUAUGGUAAUAGCUGCCUUCUAUUAAGCUAAACAUUAAAGAGAUUUGUUGAACUAUAAAACAGUGCCACUCUCCUUACUAAAUUGUUUUAGAAAAUAGCUUUAUAUGCUAACAUUAUUAUAAAUUGUCAUUUAAUUGUUAUUGUCAUUUAAAAUAUUUUACAAUGUUUUCUGUUUCUUUUUUGUGUAUUCUAUGGGUAUUGAUACAUGAUACUUGUACAUUUUUAAUGGGGUGCAUGUGAUAUUUUAAUACAUGCAUACAAUGUUUAGCAAUGAAAUCAGGGUAAUUGGGAUAUUCAUCACCUCAAACAUUUAUCAUUAUUUGUGUUAGAAACAUUCCAAACCUUUUCUUCUAGCUAUUUAUCCAUUGUUGGAUGCUUAUAUCAAUUUUAUAUCUUAGCUGUUGUGAAUAGAGCUGCAAUAAAUGUGGGAGUGCAGAUA